AGGUCGCGCCGCGGAAAAUCCCCACAAUUCGACCGCCGACGCCGCCGCCGCCGCAGCCACUGCCGCCGGCAGCAGCAGUGCCAUUCGACCCGUGACCGUUACACGUGUGUCGCCGUCAUGUUCGAAAUCACUGCCCUAGACCGCGGCCGCGUUCGUCGGCACUUGCAGCAGCGCCGUCAUCGCUUCGUCACCGUCACUACGGUCGUUUUUCCGCUCGUCGUUCGCAACCGGGACACAUAGACCUUGUUGAUCUGGCGGCCGCCGCCUCCUCCUCCUCCUCCUCCUCCUCUUCCUCCUCUUGUCCCUACGCAUCUAGAAUUGGUAACGAGUACGCCAUCACCGAUGAGUAUAAUCAUUAAGGGAUGAGAACACGCGAUUCCGUCGUACACAUGUUGUAUGCGUGUCUACGGUCACAUCAACAUCAUCAUAUUUACUAUCCACGGGUAUACAGCGUGUUCGAUCACCGUCGGCGUCGGCAGCAGCAUCAGCAGCAUCAACAGUAGCGCCGACGUAAGAGCGCGGCUACGGAGCACCGGUAGCCGCAGGCAUGGCGGCCAGUAGCACCGCGGCGAUAGGCGGAUUGGCGGCCGCACUAUUGAUCUGCACCGCCAGGCUGACGCUGUGCUGUCGCAUAUCCGAGUUCAUGUGCAAGUCGAACGGCGGAUGCGUGCGGCUGGACGAGUACUGUGACGGCAAGUACGACUGUCCCGACAGGUCCGACGAGCCACUGUACUGCACAGCGUGCAAUAGAACAUAUUACGGCGAAGUGGGAAAUUCGUAUAGACUGAGCGUGAAGAAAUUACAAAAAGAAAGACCGUUUUUGUGUCACUUGAGUUUUACCGCAAGCGGACAAGAACAUGGAGACUUUGUUGAACUCAUUUUUGAGGAGUUCCGUGUGGGCACACUGUACUUGGGCGAGUGCAUCGGCGGUGAAAUGCAAAUACUCGAACUUGGUCGACCGUACGUGGGCGGCUCGUGGUGCGGCGCGGGACCGGUGGACGGCAGCGCGCCCGCCGUGUACUACAGCGAGACGGGCACGGUGACGCUGACGCUGCGGAUACCGUACAGCGGGCUGUACACCACGUUGCCGUUCACAUUCGACCUGCGGUUCCGGUUCAUGGACAACCGGCACGCGUCCGUGCGGCUGGGCACGGCGGCGGAGCCCAAGGAUCGCGGUGAACUGGUGCCGGGCACGCACUGCAGCCGGAACUUCUACGAGUGCUACCGGAAACGGUGCUCGCUGCAGUCGCCCAACUACCCGGGAAUAUACCCGAGGAACGUGACGUGUCGAUACACGGUGCGGCAGAAGGUGGUGCCCAAGUGCAAGCACGCGAUGGUGGCGCUGAGCCAGCGACCGGGCAACGGCGUGCGGCCGUCGUCGGCCAAGGCGGGCGGCCCGGGCGGCAAGACGGCGGGUAGCAGGUCCAACGGCACGGCCAUCAUACGCGUGAACGACAUGUGCAGCGAGAACGAGGACCGGCUGGUGUUCCACGACGGGCCGGACGAGAGCGAUCCGGUACUGUUGCGGUUCUGCGGCGGACCCGCUCUGCCGCGCGUCGUGGCCAGCGGACCGUCCAUGCUGGUGGUGUUCAAGUCGUGGGAGCACAACUCGCCGGCCACGUUUUCGUCGCCCACGCCCGUGUCGCGGCUGCGCAGCUUCGAGCUCGACCUGCAGAUAGCGUUCGUCGACUCGGACUCGCUGGACUACGUCAAGAGGACGGCCGCGUGCGAGUUCAUCAUUGGCUCGCCCGCGGUCGCCGUGGCAAAGUCUAGGCGCGGCGUGCUGGUGAACCCGCAACACACUGUGCCGCCGAACAGCACGUGCACGUACAAGUUCCAGGGGCAGCCGGACGACCGGGUGUGGAUGUACUUCGAGAGCUACGGGCACCGCAGUACCGGCCACUUCCUGACGUUCAAACCGUGCCCGACCCGGUUGCGCAUAUGGGACGGGGCGGGCACGCUGCUCGGCGACCACUGCGACACGCCCAGGCUGUGCGAGCACAUCGCGACGGGCGCAUCGUCGACGGCCGUCGCUGCGGCUACGUCCAACACCACCACGACAGUGGCAGCACCCAAACGACCGUGCACGUUGGACGAAAGCUAUUUGUCCAAGUCGGCCAGCGUUAUACUGCAGGUGCACUCGGUGCUUGGCACCGUACUGGAACCGUACAGCUUCAGGCUUCAUUACGAGUUUGUGGACAGCGGCGUGUACGACCACGAAAAUGACGACGGGUCGUGCGUGAUCGAGUACACGGUGCGCCAGUCGAUGGACAUCACGGAGCCACGGAACGUGUUCCUGUACGGCCGGGGCGGUGCCAAGAACCUGGACUGCGUGUACCGGCUGCAAGCCGAGCCCGGGUACCGGAUGCAGAUCGUCAUGCGGAACGCUUCGUUCGGGUCGCGGGAGUGCACGCCUAUGAUGGCCAAGACGGUGACGGGCAGGUACGCGUGCCCGCCGGACGACAGUAACGUGGACGACGGCGGCGGCAGCGGCGGUGAUGAUGCUGGCGACGGUCCCAGGUUGACGGUGACCGAGGUGUACUGGCGCGGCGUGCGCAUGGAGCGCGGCUGCUUCUGCCAGAACUUCACGGAGGCCGCGCUCGGCUCGCACCAUGUGACGUUCGACCCGUCGUCCGACCGCGUGGAGAUUCGGUUCCGUGUGCCAGCGCUCGGCAUCGCCGAGGACUUCACCAACGCGUACUUUAACGCGCACGUGCGCGUGCUCCGGUCGCCGCCGUGCCCGCGCAAACAGUGGGUCCGCGGGUCCGGCGGCGAGAUCGAACUCGCGUACCCGCCGCAGGCCCGCGACGACCUGUACUGCCACGGACACCCGUGGCUGCUCGAGGCGCAACCGGACCACAGCAUGUUCGUGCAGACGUGGGGCCACUUCCUGCCGCUCAACACGUCCGUGGCCUCGUGCAAGACGCGGAACCGCAUACUGCUAUACGCGCUACGGCCGCGGGCCGUCCGGCUGAUCCGGCACAUCUGUCCGACGGGCACGCGCGACAAUCGGCGCAACAUACACAUGUUCUCGGACGAGUGGGCCAGUUACGUGCCCGCGGACCGCCAGAACCCCAGUUUUCUGGUGGAGUUCGUGGCCCAGGAGCCCGGCUCGAUGGCCUUCAAAUGGCUGGAAGUGUCCAAACCGUCGACCAAGGCACAUUAUGCGUCACCCGCGCCACCGUCGCAAUCGUUUCACAACCAGUCCAGCCGGUUCGGGUGCGCAUACGGCUGCCCGGAGCUGAACGCGUGCAUUAGCGCCACGCUGUGGUGCGACGGCCACCGCAACUGCCCGUCCGGCGUUGACGAGGCCGACCUCAACUGCCACGCCAAGUGGCCGUCGUUCAAGGUGCUCAGGUCGUACGGGCUGCCGGUGGUCGGCCUCGGGCUGGCCGGCGUCGUGUUCGCGGUGCUCGCGUGCAUCUACUGCCGCAGAGAUCCCGACUACAAACAGUACGACCCUGAGACCGAGCCGGCCGCCGAGAACACCCGGUCGUGUUCCACCAUCGCCUCGUCCUGACAACAAUCCUCGGUCGACACUGUUGACGUGGUCGACCGAGAGACGUGCGUUUGAAACGAUGAGAAGCCCUCUCUUGCUCAAGUUCUCUUGUAUUACACAGUUUUAGUUCAUUUUCUAUUUUUAAACGUGUACACGUCCGUUACACGACAUUCUGUCCAAACGUAGGUGCCUUAUACAAAUCGUAAACAUUCCGUGUUAUUAUGAUAUACUUACCAUUGAUCGGUCGUUAUUGAACGCGUCCGAGUAGCCGUUUUUCGCGUUGUGCAUUGAACCACAUUCAUUUUCGUCUUGGGAUCAAACGCGCACAUGUCGUCGUUUUUCAAGGCAUGUGUUAACUAACAUCAUGUUGAGACGAUUACGGUGUUACAGCGACAAAGGAAUGAAUCCGAAUGAUGCAUGUAGGUAUAUGUGGUGUGCACAGGCUGAUCGGAUUAAAAACUCUUUUCUCGAAUCACUUAAUCUACUUAACUAACCGAUUGGUUUUUUUGGAUUUCUAUAUAAUGUAAUUCAAGUCCAAAACAAUAUAUUUACACGUAUAUAGUAUAAUAUUUUUAGGUGAUUUUCAGCGAAUCGUCCUAUUGAAUUUAGACCAAAGUUUAUGUUAUAAAAUAUUAUAUUAUAAUAUCCAAUAGGAAUUUCAGCACACCAUUUAGUGAAUAAACAAAGAAUUAUUAUUACAUUUUGCGCCAAAAAUUGAUGCGAUACUGCCUUAACGAUUUUAUUAUUACAUAAUAUUUUACUGUUAUCAUUAUUAACAAUAUAUAAUAGUUUCUACUGAA